CCCGAGCAUCCCGGUGCGCGCGGCCAGGAUGGCAUUAGCUCUGUGUCUACAGGUACUCUGCAGCCUGGGGGGCUGGCUCUCACUCUACACUUCUUUCUGCUGCCUGAAUAAGCACCGGAGCUAUGAAUGGAGCUGUCGACUGGUCACCUUCACCCACGGGGUCCUCUCCAUCUGCCUCUCAGCAUAUAUUGGUUUCAUUGAUGGCCCCUGGCCUUUCACUCACCCAGGUGCGCCCAACACCCCUCUGCAAGUUCAUGUGCUAUGCCUGACCCUGGGCUACUUCAUCUUCGAUCUGGGCUGGUGUGUGUACUUCCAGUCAGAAGGAGCACUGAUGUUGGCUCACCACACGCUCAGCAUCUUGGGCAUAAUCAUGGCCCUGGCGCUGGGCGAGUCAGGCACAGAGGUCAAUGCCGUAAUCUUUGGCAGUGAGAUCACCAACCCCCUGCUGCAGCUGCGCUGGUUCUUGCGCGAGACGGGUCGCUAUGACAGCUUCACGGGUGACCUGGUGGACUUGUUGUUUGUGGCACUAUUCACGGGUGUCAGGAUUGGCGUGGGUGCCCGCCUUUUGUUCUGUGAAAUGGCCUCGCCCACCCCCCGGUGGUUUGUGAAAGUGGGUGGCAUAGCCAUGUAUGCUGUGUCCUGGUGCUUCAUGGUGAACAUCUGGCGCUUUGCCUGGAGAAAAAGCAGCAAGAAGUACCGGGCGUGGAGGAGCCGGCGCAGCGAUGAGGGCCAAUACCGACUCAACGGACACCUCAAAGCACACUAGCCCCGAAAUACAGUGCCAGAAAU